GACACCAGGUGGACGAAAAUCUCCUUACAGAGGAGGAGGGAAGGGGGAGCGGUAGAAAUACACAGCGACGGCAGUGAACGCAACACUCCGCUGUCAGCGCACCGACAAACAUCAGCUUCAUCGGCUCCUUCACACGGAGCUCACCCGGACUACCGGCUACAUCGAGCGGCUCCCGGCCGGUCCUGCUCCCGGUGUGAGGUCUAUGCUCCAGGAGUCUCCCUGCCGGAGGAUUUAGAUCAGCUGCAGGCGGACCUGCAAGCGGUUUAUUGACUUGAGAGGUGGACAGAAGGUUUCAGGAUGCUGUGGCUGCUGCUCUGUCUGCUUCCUCCUGUGGGCAGCAGCAGGAUCGUUGCCCAGGACGUCGAUUAUAAAGAAAAACACAGCCACGAGGAGGUUGCCGUGAUGAAGAGGCCUCACAUCUAUUUCUGCCGCUCGCCCAACAUGGAGGACUUCAGCUGCUGGUGGCAUCCACUCGACAACCUGACGGAUAGAGAGCCGGUCAGAUACGUCCUCACCUACUCCAAAGAUAAGGGGCCCAAACACGAGUGUCCGGACUACGUGACCUCCGGCCCCAACAGCUGCCACUUCGACAGCAGCCACACAUCCAUAUGGAAGAUGUACUGUUUGAACGUGACCGCCGUCACCGCCCGCAGGAAUUACACCUCAGAGGAACACUGCCUGGAUGUGGCCGAGAUAGUUCAGACCGAAGCUCCGGUGAAUCUGACCUACGUGCUGACGGAUGCUGGUGGGGAUGAGAUGGGUCACAAUGCGCUGCUGUCCUGGACGUACCCGGUGCCCUCCGACCUGCAGUAUGGCUGGAUCACGCUGGUGUACGAGCUGCAGUACAGACGUGUCACUGAGCCCGACAACUGGAAGGUGAAACACCCUCUGCGGGAGCCUCACGUCGAGCUGCUCGGCCUCCCCGUCGGCGACUUUGUGGUCCGAGUUCGCUGCCGCUCGCACAACUAUGGCCUGUGGAGCAAAUGGAGCCCCACGCUGCUGAUGAGCAUCCCCGCCAGGCCGCCCGCAGGUAAACUCCUGGUGCUGAUCCUGGUGACAGGAGUCGGUGUCGUGGCUCUGCUGGUCAUCGCCUUCGGAGUCAUUCCACAGAGCAGGAGAAUAAAAGACUACUUCCUGCCGCCCAUUCCAAAGCCGCGGAUCAUCGGCAUUGACCCGCUGCUGCUAAAGAAGGGGAACUUGGAUGAAAUCAACCGUCACUUCAGUAACUUCCACAGCUACAGGCCUCCGAGCUACACGGAGGAGGUUUGGGACCACGUCAGCACCAAUGACGUCUAUCUCACCACGCCGAAGGACUGCAGCGUCCCAGCCGACCAGACGGACCGGCAGAAGGAUGCCUUGAUGGUUCCGUGCGACCUGACGCCCGUGGCGGCCCAUCACCACCUCACAACCCAACAUCCGUCAUCGUACCUGCAGGGCCUGUCGCCCUACUGCUCCUCGCCUCCCGAACCCUUUGCUCCUUCACUGGACCCGCCUUCCUCGUGGCCAAGACCAGAGAUCGUGUCGCUGCCGGGGACAGAGUACAGCGUUAUGGGACAUCCAGGCCUUCCGAACACCGUCCCCGCUCCCGUUGCCACCAGCCGCUCGCCGCAGGAUUUCUACACCUGCGUGCAGCUCAUGAAUGAAAUUGGCGAGGUGCACCUCGUGCCAUGCCUGCCGCCGCCGUACUGCCGGGAGUUCCCGCCUCUCCCGAGGGUAAAUUCGGAAGCGGAGGAGAAGAAGAAGGAGGAGGAGAAGAAGAAGAAGCUGGCCGACUGUCAAGCCAGGACAAAUGCGAUGAAAGAUGGCGGCGAGGCUGAGAGGAGCGAGGCGGCGGUCCCUCUGCUGCCCGUCACUGUCGAUAACAAAGGCUGAGCCACGAAAAUACAGAUACUGUGAAAACUGCUGCCAUGUUCAGAGCGGGGAUCUAAUGUGACCUGCCGGUUUGACUCGAGACUCGAGAAGAGCACCACAUUGACCUUAAGAUGGGAAGUGCACCCGCAGGACAUCGGCAGCGAAACAACAAUGCAGACACUAUGAAACACUUGUGGCGCAGCGUUGUGUUUAGAUGACAGAGACGUUUGUAAAAGUUCCUCUGGACGUCGACUUUUUUCUAUUUUUUGGUAACUCCGCCCACCAAACGUGGCGAUGUAAAGGCUGCAGGUGGAAAGAUUUUCUAGAGCCAAUUUCAGGUGAAUCAAAACUCAAAUUCCAAACUAAAUUGUUGCCAAGCAGGCGCUCCGUCCAAUAGAGGCUGGACUUGCUGAUGAGUGUAACAGUCACAUGACAUGAUUUAUGGGUAAUGAAGUCCGUCAACCUUAAAGAGAGAACUGUGGAGAUAAAUUUGUCUCAAUGUUAUUUAGGUCCUGAGCGACACACCUGGACCUCAAACAGCUAUAAAUUCAACGUUUUAUUAAGGCUUGAAUUUGCACAUAUUUAAUGGCAGUGAGUCAGAUCCACAGCUCCACCCUCCCGCCCAAAUAUGGUCAUUUCUGGCUCCAAAAAAUCAAGAUGGUGACAGCCAAAAUACCAACCUCGAGGCUUCAAAAUAAACCACAAAAUUCGGCUCCAUUACAGCUCACAAAGUUCACUGACAAAACAACUGUCUUACACUAAACACGUUUUGCAAACAAAUAAAACAUGCUAACGUUAUUAGCACAAGCCUAUGGCCUUUUACAUUGUAUAAAUUAGCCUAGCAGCUAGCAGAGAUGUCCUCUGCUCAUAUGAAGCCAGGAUAAAUCACACACAGGACUUAGGGUGUCAAGAGUCUCCUAACACUACAAAGAACAAUAAAAACAUACGGGUUUAUACACUAUUAAGACAAAUCUAUCUCCACAGAGUAGGACGUUGCCUCGUGCAGCUUUAAAUAAGAACAAACAAACAUGAACACACCACAUGUUGCGUCUCCCAAACUGUCACAUUCAGGAUUUCUCUUUCAGGAAAAAGAAACAGCAGUGACAGAGAUUUCUUUUCAUUAUUUUACUCAGCAUCGUCUUUCGUCUUGACUCUGUUAGUGUUUACAUGCUGUAAUGCUCCAGGUAUUAGCCUUAGCCCGUCGAGACAAUCUUUGCACAUUCUUUAAUCUCCCUCAGAUAUUACAGUUACCAUGUGAUUUUCAUAUUCAGGAUAUGUUCGUGUUCCUUUAGUCUCCACUCAGCGGUGCUUAUUAAGGGGAUAUUUGCUCAUCCUGAAGAUGUGAAGGGCGCCGUGUCUCACUCUGAAUCUGUCUCAUUAUCCGUCUCUCGUCUCGCAGAGCUCUGCAGAGUCUUAAAAACAUUGUGAUUUAUUCUGAAGACUUGUUCAAAGAGGUCGGGAGCAAACAGAGAUAAGUUUCACACCCUCAGGAAGACGUCCGCUGUCAAUCUUACUCAGCUGGAUUUCUGUUCGUCACACUGAAACGAACCUCUCCGACACUGCUCUCACUGCGGUGUUUUCUGAACUUCAUUUUCCAGAGAAGAGUUUGGAAGAAGCAGGCCCCUCUCGGAUGUUAUUUUUUAUAAUGAACAAAUUUAACACUAUUAACACAGAAUAUUUUGUAUAUUAUAGAGAUGCUGAACCUCAGGUAGUGUUUUCUUUUUUUCUACAAGUGAAAGUAUUAUGGGUUACAUUCAGACAACGCCUGUGAAACACUGUUGUAGUAGAUUUCUCCUCCUGUCCUCAUGUUUCUGAGGCGUUAAAAGAACAGUUAUGAUUUUUUAACGUGGGGUUGUUUGAGGUAUUUAUUUAUAGUCAGUAUAUUACCUACAUAUGAAAAGUGACGUAAUAUUGAAGGCUAGUAAAGAAGGAAGUAGUAUUAAGAGUGACAGUCCACAUAUGAAGGCAGGUUAGGGUGGGUGGGUCAAACAGACACCGGACUUUAACCCAGGAGACCGAUGUUUGUGACCCGUAUGAAACCGUUUUAACUUAUUUUAAGGUAUAUAGUCACGCUAUGUUAAGUACGUAACUAUGUUAGGUAUGUAGCCUAACAAUAGCCAACCACAUUUAUUUUCCUAAACCUAACCUACGUAAUUUUACCCCCCUAACCCUAACCUACAGAACUCUAAUUUCUUAAACCUAAUCUUUGUAACUUUACUUGACUGAACCUAACCUCCUUAACUUUAUGUAAUGUAACUAUACCCAACCAUUAUUCUUAAACGUAACAUAAAACUUAACCUAAGUAACUUUACUUGCGUCCACCUCACUUACGUAACUUUACUUGCCUAAACCUAACCUAAGUAACUUUACGUUAAGUAUGUAACAUGACUACACCCAACCAUAAUUCUUUUCCUAAAAUUAACCUAAGUAACUGUGCUUGCCUAAAGCUAACCAACAUGACUUUAUGUUAAGUGCAUCACCUGACUACACCCAAUCAUAAUUCUGUUCCUAGACCUAACCUACAUAUCUUUACUUUCCUAAACCUUACCUACGUACGUUUACAUUAAGUAUGUAACUUUAUGUUAAGUAUGUAGCGUAACAAUGGCCAACCGUAAUCUUUUCCUAAACCUAACCGAUGUUAUUUGGAUUUUCUAAACUUAACUUGCGUAACUGUACUUAUCUAUACCUAACCUACAUAACUGUACUUGCCUAAAGUUAACCUACAUAAUCUUACCUUAAGUACGUAACUUUAUUAUAAACACGUAACUUGACUACACCUAAUCAUAAUUCUUUUCCUAAACCUAACCUACGUAACUUUACUUCACUUAAGUAACCUAACCUACAUAACGCUACAUUAACUACGUAACUUUGUUAAUCACGUAACAUGACUACAAACAAUCUUUCCUAAACCUAACUUACUUAACUUUACUUGACUAACCCUAACCUACAUAACGCUACAUUAAGUAUGUAACUAUAUGUUUAUCACGUAACAUGACUACACCCAAUCUUUUCCUUAACCUAACCUAUGCAACUUUAGUUUCUUAAACCUAACCUACUUAACUUGACGUACUUAAAGCUAACUAGCAUAACCUUACGUUAAGUACGUAACUUUAUGUUUAUCACAUAACAUGACUACACCCAAUCUUUUCCUUAACCUAACCUAUGUAACUUUAGUUUCUUAAACCUAACCUACUUAACUUGACGUACUUAAAGCUAACUAGCAUAACCUUACGUUAAGUACAUAACUAUAUGUUAAGUGCGUAUGGCACCACAACCAAUCAUAAUUCUUUUCCUAAAUGUAACCUACGUGACUUUGAGUUAAAUAUGUUACUUUACAUUAAGCUCAAAACGUGACUAUGCCCAAACAUAGUUCUUUUCCUAAAUCUAAUCUACGUAACUUUAUGUAAAGUACAUAACAUGACAGUGCUCAGCCAUGAUUCUUCUAAACCAAACCUAAGGGGGCACUCAUUUGUUAGAAAACUGUUGUAUGAGCAUACGUUGACCAGCAGCAGGUGGCUAAAAUACAUUUUGCUGUUGCCCCCAUCCACAGCAGUACAUUGCUUAACUUACCUGGUGGUACUCCUGUUUGUUUCUCCAAACUGGGGGCGUGCCGACUGUCAUCUACUGUAGGUAACAUGCUGACUAUGGAUAAGUGACUCAUACAACCCUACUUCAAAAGAUCUGAACUAUUCCUUUAAUGAAAACGAGGUGGGAAACUUGAACAUUUUCAGCUACUAAUGGUGUUUUUUAACGUCAGCAGUCGGACAUUGCUGUGACCACAGUGUCGAUACACCUCCAGUGUGUUCAGUCCCUGCAGUAUUCUGUCAUGUUGAUGAAGUUGCUCUGCGGCAGGUUGAGGUGCUAACUGGGGAUCAGUCUCAAGCAACAUUGACCCUGAUGCGUCUCAAAGAAGCUAUGAAACACUGGUUAUUGUCUGUCCACAGCACUGGUCCCUGCGCUCUGACACAGCCGUCACUGUCCUCCUCUCACUGAUGUCGCUGUUGGAUGUCAUGCUGUUUAUUCUCGUGCCUCUACGUGCCUUUUUGUUUUUCACACAGCAGUAUGUGUUUCCACUCCUACACGCCUGGAAGUGUCUCCAUGUGAGGGUUAAACAGUGAACGACACUUGAUAUAAAUAUAUAAAAUGAAAUAUGUGCACAGGUGUGCUGUGUUGAGCAUGUACUGUAUAAAGACCCGCUCAGUGUUAGUUACAUUUUCACCUUUUAUUGUGGCUGAAGCCACCAACACCACUUUUCUUCUCGUCAGACAAAAGCACUUUGGAUUCGAUGCAAUAAAAAGUGA